AUGCCGCGUUUGCUGAGACCCCCCCAAGAGCAGAGCGACAUCAUACCUCAAGACGGCCCGCAAUACGCGCCCGGGAAGACUGAGACGCCGUUGGACCUUGCGCUUAAGUGGCUGUCCGAUGAGCGAAACGGCCGAUGGCUCAUCAUCCUAGACGGGGCCAAUGAAAAUAGUCUCAGUGUCAUUCACGAUUUUGCGACGUCGGUGGAGAGACGAAAUGGUACAAUACUCGUCACUACGCGCCAUAAGAAGCUGGCACACAAGAUUGCUGGAAACAACAGGGCUGUAAUCGAGAUGGAGCCCAUGACAGUUUUUGAUGCCGUUGCUCUGCUGGAACGAAAGCUGGGGCGCACAGAAAACAAUUCAUGGAGAGGACCACACUCAACAAGCGAUCUCGUGAAGUCGCUUGGCUUAAGUCCAUUGACUAUUUGCCGAGCGGCAGCUUACAUACAGUUCAUGCCAGCUCCGGAAGAUUUCAGGCAGCUACUGGACAGUGAGCAGGAAAAGAUCAAGCUCCUUGAAUUUGAACCUUCCAGUCCUGAUGGAAGCGUAAAGACAUUGGACAGCAUUCUCACAAUCUGGCGGACUUCAUUCGACGCCGUUCGCUCGGAAAGAUCGUCUGCAGCUGAGCUUCUAUCUCUGAUGAGCUUCUUCGACCGCCGAGGAAUCCCAAAAUGGUUCCUUGAGCUUUGCAGACAAAACGAUCUCAGUCUCCAUCAAGAAGCGCCAUCAGACUAUGACAUAACCUCGGACAUAGAGACGCUUUUAAAUCACUGCCUCAUAUCCUCGAAUGGCACAAAAGACAUAUUCUCAAUGCACGGGCUCAUGCAGCUCGCCGUUAAGAGUUGCUUAUACCAUUAUGAGCGAGAUACGAUUGAGCAUAUAUUUUUGAAGAGCCUGAAGGAUGCCUUCCCACGAGAUAUCUAUUCCAACUGGGCAACUUGCGAGGAGCUCUUUGCCCAUGCCCAAGUAGCAGCGCACUACCAGCCACCAGGCGAGCACCAACUGCGGGAUUGGACAAUUGUUUUGUAUCGAGCAGCCCGGUUUGCUCGGGCGCAAGGCAGAUAUGAAGUUGCAAUGCAAUUGGCCAACCAAGCAGCAAACGCUCCAAGCUAUCUAGGGAGGAAGAGCAUUGAAUGGCCGGUAAUAUCUUCCCUUAUUGCUCUUCUCCUCAUGGACCAAGGGCUAUAUGACAGGGCACAUGUCUUAUUGACACAUCUGGCGGAUGUAUGCAAAGACGGCGCCAAUAGGACGGCCAGCAUGCUCAACCUGGCUUGUUUACACAAGCUCAAGGGCCGAUGGAACGAGGCUGAGGCAAUCCUGGCCGAGGUUACAAGAGACCGAAGAACGAAGCUUGGUGAAACCCAUCCAAGGACGCUUUCGAGCAUGGCCAACCUAGCGUCAAUAGCAAGAGCCCAGGGACGGUAUCAGGAGGCCCACAGUCUUCUCUUACGGGUCUUCGUAGGCUACUCAGGGAGUCUUGGUCCAGACCACCCGCAGACACUCGCCAGCAUGAACAACCUAGGCUCGAUGUACAGACUUCUAGGAGAACUAGACGAGGCAGAGAGAUACCAGAAACAGGCCCACGAGUCCCGCAAAAUGAUUUUCGGGGCAGAUCACCCCGAGACCUUGGCGAGCAUGAAUGGCCUCGCCUCCACAUACAGGCUCCAAGGCCGCCUCGACGAAGCCAAAGCCCUCCAGGAACAAACACUAGAAGCUCGCAAGAGGAUACUGGGACCUGACCACCCAAGCACCCUAGCCAGCAUGAACAACCUCGCCCUGAUUCUAAACGACCAGGGGAAGCACGGAGUGGCAAGCAAGCUGCAGUCUCAAGUUCUCGACGCUUGCAAGGAGAAGCUCGGGCCGGAGCAUCCGCACACGUUGACGAGCAUGAACAAUCUUGCUCUUAUCUGGAGGAACCAGGAUCGGAAGUCGCUGACCCGGUGGACGAUGCAGAAUUGCGUCGAGGCUCGAAGGCGGGUGCUGGGCCCGGAGCAUCCGUAUACCGUCUCUUCUGCGAGGAUAGCGGAUAGUUGGGCAUCUGAAAAGGAGAAGAUGGCGGGUUCAUAA